UACAUUGAAUUAUGAUAAUUUUGUUGACGCAAAAAUGUAGAAAAUUUCAAAUGAAGCAUGAUAGAAAGCAGCUGUGAAAUAUAUAGCUCCAUUUCACCAGAAGGUGGCGCUCGGGCUCCGCGGGUUGAGGCGGUGCUGCGUGUGGAUCAAGCCGCCUGUAGGUGCUGUUUCUCGGGCAUGAAGCUCGGAGGAAUGGGGCCGUCUUCCUCUCUGACCCUGGCCCGUCGAUGAAAAAAAAAGAGAGACGGAGCAGUGAAGGGGCAGGGGAUGCACGGCAGGGCAGGAGCAACACAGCCUUACAUGCUGAAAAUCCGGACUGCUGGUGCUGCUGAGCAUGGAGAAUCCCCUCCUCUGCGGAAUAAACGCGAUCGUGGAGCCCCAGUGAGUUUGUAAAGGCGAAACAUUUGGACUUACUUUGUUUAUCGAACCGUUUGCUUUGAUACACACAUCUGCAAUGAUGUGGGCUGCGGACUGGUGUAGGACCUCUGUGAUUGUGCUCUGCCUUUUGGGAUACCUCGUCUCCGAAGCAGCCACCAAAACAUCACCGGAGGACACGGUCACACAAGAGGUGACUCUGAAGGUUCACCUGAGCGACGCCAGCACUCACCAGCCCCUGUCAGCAGCCACCAUACAGCUCUUUGCCAACCACACUCCUGUAAACACGGAAACCUCAUCGGCUGAUGGAAACGCCUACCUGCGCUUCCCGUACCGCCUCGGGACGCCGCUGGUCGUCAGUGCAACCAAACAGGGAUAUGUGCCUAACUCUGUUCCCUGGACCCCCUCCAGAUUACCUGUGUUUUCCUCAAUCAGUUUGGACCUACUCCCAGAAAGAGCUGCCACCCUGAUGGUGUAUGACGACGUUGUUCAGAUUGCGUCCAGCUUACAAGGUCUGAGAGACCAGCCCAGUGUGCAUUUCCAGCGCAGAGCUCUCCUUCUUCCCUCCAACACGUCUUACACUAACCUAACCGCUCUCCUCACCGUGACGAGCUCCUCCUCACAAGUCCAGCACUUUCCCCACCUGCAGAUUCUGGGCAGCAACAGCUCAGGCACAGAGAAGACAUUUGAGCUGACUCCUGUGGCAGCUGUCUCAGUUCACCUAUUGGCCAGCGAUGGCGCCGAGCUGCAGGUGAAUGGGCCAGUCAUGGUCUCCAUACCCCUACAAGCUGACUGCGGCCUGAAGGAAAACGACCACAUCCCUGCUUGGAGAUUUGACCCACACUCAGGGGCCUGGAUAAAAAGCAGUCUGGGUCAAGUGCGGAAGGAAGGAACCCGGCUCUCCCUGACUUACAUUGCUCCCCAACUGGGGUAUUGGGUGGCCGCAAUGUCUCCUCUACACUCAGGUCCCACGGUUGCGAGGGACAUCAGCACUUACCACACCGUCUUUCUGCUGGCCAUAUUGGGCGGCAUGGCUCUCAUCCUGCUCUGCCUGCUGUGCCUCAUGUUGUACUACUGCAGACGUCGUUGUUUGAAGCCACGAGGGUCCCAUCGUAAACUCACCCUUUCCUCUGGCCUGGACAGCAGCAAGAGGGAUCAGGCCACCUCCAUGUCCCACCUGAACCUCAUCGGCAAUGAGCUGGAACUUGUUUCCACAGCGACGGAGCCUGACAUGACCACUCCAAUGCUGAAGCCGUCCUCAUACGAGCACCAUGACAAUCAGCGUCAGCGCAGUCUGAUCCACCACAGCAAACACAGCCGGGCCUCUCUCGGCAACCACAGCCACCACGGCUCCUCCCUCGGCAAUCUGACGCCCCGCAGCAGAGACUACCGGCAGUCCGCAGAGACUUUCCAGCUCAAGCCUGCCCUCUCGUCCGGGACAGAACGGGGCUAUCGUCAGUCAUACACCUCCGUCUGCUCAUCCAGCAACCACAUUUCAGAUGUGCUGUCCUCUUCCAAUCACUGUCAGGUGUCGGCUACGCAGCUGAGCAGCAUGGGGAUUAUUGAUGGUAUCUCUCCCUCCUCUCCUCCUCACUCCCCCUGCAGGGGAGAGGGAGGGGAGUGCCGGGCUCCCGACCACCUCCUGUCCCGUUCCGUGGACCACCUGGAGCGCCCCAUCCCCCAGGCUCUUUGUCGGCCAGGCCAGCUGCUCUGCUGUGGCUCUGUGGAUCUGCUGAGCGGAGGUGAAGGGUACUCCAGAGUGCGCCCCACGCUGGUGAUCCCAGCACACUACAUGCGCCUGCCCGGGGAGCACCCCCUGUCUGGGCAGGCCCUGCUGCUGCAGGCCGACCAGCAGAGUGACCUGGAGACCAUCCAGGCCGAGCUCAAUGCCUCUCACUCUCAGCAGCCGCUGGGGCAAUCCCCCACCGACUGCACCCCACGUCCCGCCAAGCAGGGGGACGGAGAAGCUCUGGGCCUGUCCGAGUCUUUGUCCAUUCCAGCUGCGCUUGGAGAAACUGGUCUCAUGGAAAUAAACAAAGAGGACACCUUGCUGGCUGAAAAGACUUUGAUGGAGCUGAGAGGAGGGAAACCUCUGCCUCACCCGCGAGCCUGGUUCGUAUCACUGGACGGACGCUCCAACGCUCAUAUCCGGCACUCGUACAUUGAUCUCCAGCGGGCCGGCUGCCACAGCACGCAGAAUUCAGGAGAUCAGCAAGAUAACGACGGCACCGGGCGGCACGGCACCGGGCGGCACGGCACCGGGCGGCACGGCAACAGCAACGAUGCCAGUCUGGACUCCGGUGUGGACCUGAACGAGCCAAGAGUUGGGCGCAGGGGCAGAGACGCAGAGCGGGAAGACAGAGAAGUAGAGAAGGACAGAACAAAAGGUGCAACACCAGCCACGGCCUACACUCAGCUGGUGUAUGUAGAUGAUCUGGAUGGGGGGUGCAACGAGGAGAAGUGGAGCCCCCAAGAUUGCAAAAUAGGACCCAUCCUAUCAGACACAGCAGAGGGCGGCGGAGGGGAUCCGGCGCAGGGCGAUGUGGAGGGAGUAGGAAUACAAGAGGAGCCGCCCUCACUUUCCCCAACGUCUCCUUCUCCUCCUCCUCCCCUGCCAACACCAGAGGGAGUGACUUUCAGAACUGAUCAUGCGCUGCUGUCAGUCAGAGGAUCGUCCUCCCCAGAGGAUGAUGCAGCAGUCGAGGAUGGAGAGGAGGAGAAGAAGAGCCCCUGGCAAAGGAGGGAGGAGCGACCCCUGCUGGCCUUCAACAUCAAAUAACCGUCAAGGGAUAGAGCCCCAUUUUUUUCCUCCUUUUUUUGUGGUCUUUUUUUCCUUUUAUGCCAAACACUGACACUGAUUUUGGGAGUUGAUUCUUGAGUCCACACUGAUAAUUUCUCAAAGUGACCUAAAUGUUGGUGAAAUGGAACAAAAAAUCCUUGUGAAACCAGUGAGAUGUUGGUUAGCUUUAAAACACUGUUUCGCAUCAAGUCACGCUUAAAGUGGAUGGAUUUCUACACCACAAAGACAGUGAUGUCUAACAUGCUCGCCUCACUAUGCAUUCUAUUCAACUUUUAUUACCAUAAAGUCACUUUUGGAGUCUAUUUGCCACCAUUAUGGACAAUAGGAAGAAUCACCAGAAAAAAUGCUUUUGGCAUGUCUGUGGAGAAAAAAACCCACAAAGCUAUCAAUAACUAUAACUCCUCUGCUGCUCAGACAAUGAAAUGAAGGAUAUAUCUGUUUAAAUUGAAGCCCUUUGUUUUCAAAACAGCACUGAGAUCAUAACUUAGCACUGGGAUCGUUUCAGAAAUAAGCGAUGCUGAUCCCUCGUAAAGUUUGAGAAGCUUUUGUGAAGUGAAACGGUUCGACAUCCUUGGGACAUUAGAUAUGAAUGCAACACUCAUGGGGCAUGAUGUACACGUUUUCCUUGGGGGACACAAAUUGGUUGUGAGGCCAAGAAAUUAUGAUACUUUAUGCACAACGAACAUAUGCCUUUUUUUUAUACAUAUAUAUAUAAAUAGCCUUGUAAGCAUAAAUGAUCUGUGGUAUAAAAGUUACUGGGUGGUUCUCAAAACGCUUUUUUCCUGAGCCAUAUUGGCACAAUCCAGGAACAAACUACAGACAAUUGAAGUGAGAUUGACACCCACGUUCAGGCAUAGUAAUAGUUUUUUGGUUAGUUUUUUCUCCUAAGGUUGUGGAGCUUAUAUAUGCACAGCAGGGCGGGUGACUCUCUUUGCACAGCCUGUUUGUGCCACUACAGCAGAAUCAGCCUAGUCAUAAACAAGUAAUUCCUGUACUUGGUGACUUUCAGUAUGUUGCUAGAGUUUAAUCUAGCCUGGAGGGGGAAUCUGCGGGUGUUUACAUGAACCCCCGAGGGGAUAAAGUUUGUGAGGCGGCUGAAAUUAAACCACUACCUGCUCUUUAGCAUAAUCAGAUAAUGUGACACACCACUUUGCUUCUUGGUGAGGAUUCAUCAGCGCAACUAAAGAAGUUGUGGUUCCACCCUAAAUAAUUGUGAAAUCAGUUGAUAUGAAGGGUUUUGUAACCGUUGAUUCACUGAUUUGCUUCUUUUUUUGUGCUCUUAAGGCUAUGCAUUACUUUUAUAUGGCUGCUUGAGAUGCCUAUUUUAAUUUUUUAUUUUAAUCACUAUGAUUUUUAAAUGCCAACAGGAAGUAUUUUACCUAAAAAAAAUUGCCUUUUUAAUUUUGCUUUAUUUCUUCGAAUAUGUUAAGGGCUUCUUUUCUUCCUUACCUGUCUUGUUGUUAAAGCUAAAACAAACACUGCAUAAUGUUUAACCCCAAAACAAAGCGCUAGCUGUGUUUCCCCUUAAUUUAGUUUAGUUUUUAAACCAGCAACCUGCAAUGACCCAAGUGCCUUUGAACAACCCGGUUCUGCAAGGAAUUGGUUGGCUACAUGACCUUAUUUAUUUCUCACCUUCUUUUGCCUUCAGCUGUUCUCCUCUACCUCAGCCCUCCCCCUCUGAAGCUUGUGAAACUUUCCUCGGCUGUGGCGUUGUACAGGCUACACUGCAGACAUCUCAGAAAAUGUCUACCAGCUGCUGCAAUUGUAAACCCCGUAAAGUCAUCGGCAAGGCACAAAUUCCUCUCAGCGCAAGCGGUUAAGGGUCUGCAGAGGCGUCCAGUGGAGCACAGGAAAAUAAAACUUCAGCGUCAUUGGAUGUGAAGCUACACUGCUUUUUUUGUUUUGUUUCUUUGUUCCCCAAGCUUGUUUUUUUUCCAAUAAUUUUUUGUUUUUUGGGAUGAAUGUUUGUCUCGAAUGUCUUCGUAGUGGUUGUAGUGUCAUUUUGUGACGCUCUGUCUGAGAAUCAAGAUCCCUGUAGUCAUAGCAAUCAUAUAACAGUGUGUAUAGUUCUUUCUUUACCUCUGCCGGAUCAAAAAUGGUGUGUGAGCUGGUGUUCGAAUUACUUUUUCUUUCUCAGUAUCCCACAGCAUCCUCCAGUUCUUGGGUGGAGUAGCAAUACAGCAUCCUGAGUGUGUAAAUCGGCUGCUUGUGUUAUAUUUGAAGCAUAUUAUUCUAAAUAAAAAACCAAACUGGAUACAGGUGUGUGUGUCUGUAUUUAAAACCACAAGA